GCCGAGUGGAUUGCUCUGGGGCAGCGUAGUGGCCCCUGGUCCCUACGCGGAUCCAGCAGCGCUGGGCGUCGAGGCUCUGAUUGGAGAUUUUGGCUCCUGCCAAAUCGGGUUUAGGCGCACCUGGAAGAAUAUUACAAUAAAACUAAAUCAAUUGUACCGUAAACCAUAA